AGUAUAUCGUGAAUAAAAUGAUAUUUCACGCUUUUUGCUUCAUUGGAGGAGGAAGUUAUAUACAGACAGCUACUGAAGUGAAAGCGACUGAUAUUUAUCAAUGCGGAUAGAUAUGCAUCAUUUCAAAGGAAUCAGAGGGAUCACUACGGCAAUUUCAGUUGUUCUUGUUUUCUUAUUAUGUCAGCUUGAGGUUUUCACACUGCUGUGUAAAGAAUGUGAAUGUUGCUACGGAGAUAACGCAUGCGAUGUAGACAACAAUUGUCAGAACGGAUGUAUAGCAGGAUAUCGCGGUCAUAAAUGCAUAGAGUCAUGUCGAGAAAAUUGUAAAAUCUGCACGAGGGAAAAUAGAUGCACAGAAUGCAAGACCGGAUUUUGGGGUCUCCAGUGUGCACAUAGAUGUGGAAAAGGAUGUAUCAAAAACACGUGUUCGAAAUCAUCUGGAAAGUGUUCUUGUAAAUCACUCAAUUUUAUUUCUGAUAUGUGUAGAAGUUGUAGACCAGGAAAACACGGAGGCGAUUGUGGUAAGUCUUGUCCGAGAAAUUGCGGCGAUUGUGUAUCAAAUACGCGAUGCAAGUGGUGUAAAAAUAAUAGAUUCUUUGGUUCAUAUUGUCGUCACAUAUGUUCAGUUGGAUGUAUGGACAAAAAGUGCAAGAAGUACAACGGUCACUGCAUGAAUGGGUGCAAAACUGGCUUUACAGGUAAAAAAUGUGAUUCAUGUGUGUCUGGAAAACACGGAUCAAACUGUGAUUUGGAUUGCCCGAACAAUUGUACAGACUGUUUGUCAAAUUUAAACUGUAGCGAUUGUAAGCCUCGCUAUUAUGGCGGUACAUGUACUAUUGUCUGUCCACCUGGCUGCAAUGAAAACGCAUGUGACAUAGAUGGAAAUUGUUUAAAAGGGUGUAAAACUGACUUCGAUGUUAAAUUUAAUUGUGAAAAGUGCGUACAAGGCAAAUGGGGGAAUUCCUGUCAGAACAAAUGUCCAGAUAAAUGUUCAUCCUGCACUUCAAAUACAAACUGCAUCAAUUGCAUAGAUGGAUAUUAUGGCGGCGCUUGUGAACAUUUGUGUGCGUCUACAUGUAGAACAAUACAAGGAAAAAGUGCAUGUAACAAUUCCAAUGGACACUGUACUUCUGACUGUGUAGAUGGCUACCAUGGUGAUAUGUGCGACAGAUUGUGCAGCGAUAAAUGUGCUAAUAGAACAUGCUUUCAGACCAAUGCACUAUGCGAGUACGGCUGCAUUGAAGGCUACGAAGGACCACAAUGCAUUCAGGAAAUAAAAGAACCAGGAUCAGGAGACAACAAUGUAGCUAUGAUUAUAGGUGCAGCGGUGACUUCUGGUGUAGUCGUUAUUAUUAUGGGUGUGUUGCUGGUAGCUUGUACCAUUAAACAAAGAAGAAGGAAAGGUACUUGUGCAACUGAAAGCAGCGGUAUCAAUGAAAGUCUCGAAUGUAUGCACAAGAAAGAUAAAUCAAGUACACUACAAGAGGAAGAUACAGACGCAGCUGCUGUUUAUGCACAACCUAACAAAUCCAGACGGACGAUUGUGGAGGAGGUUAAUGCAGUCUACGAUACUACAUAUGAAAAUAAAACUAAGGAAAUGUCCCAUGUGAUCCAUGAUUAUGAUGUACUAAAUCGAGGCAGAGAAAUAAAGCCUGAUACAGAUAUGGAUAUUCUUGAACGUACGGCUGCAGAUGAAGCAAGUGCAGUCUAUGACAAAACAAAUGACAAUAGAAAUAAGACAAUAUUCAAUGUGAACAAAGAUUAUGAUAUACUGAGUAUAAACAGAGAAAAAAUCCCAAAUACAGAGGACACAACAAAUCCGGGAAUUGUGGACGAGGCAAGUGCUGUCUAUGACACUACAUAUCACAAAAAAUUUAAACAGAUAUUCAAUGUGAACAACGAUUAUGGUGCAAUUAGCGCAGACAUAGAACAAACACCUAAUACAGAUUAUUAGGACACCCCAAAACCUACGAUUAUGAAGCAUGGACAUGCGUAGUCUACUACUGUACAAUACAUUAUGAUAAUCAUUUAUCAGCAUACUUUCAGAUCAAAGAGAUUAAGCCUUUUUUCUUACAUUUUUACAUUUCUCAGAAUUCAAAAUUUACCUAAUGUCAUAAUAUACGUAUACUGUCAGUUAUUUGUUUAAAAAGGUUACACUAAUAAAGCUUAUAUUUUAUUCCAAGGUAUCCA